AACACUGAGGGUGCGCGGAGUGAGCUGCAGCUACAGUCUCAUUUGGAAUUAACCAGCCUCGUCCACAUACUGGAUGUUUUCUUUUUUAAGCAGCUGCAUGGACUACCACAUAGGCCAAGUCAACACUGAACUUACUCCUAAAUCAUUAUGUUAAAUACGGAUUUCCCCCGUGACUGGACUAAAACCUGCUAAUAUGGCACAUUUUUUUUGAAGAAAUUGGUUGCGAGAGAUCUGGCAGUCGCUUAAGGCUGAAGCGCCCGGAGCUGGCUCGUUUGGGAAUACUGGAGUACCGUGAAUCUGACUUGCACAGUUAUCACUGAUCACUGAUUCGUGCAUGAUCAUCGUCAUUACCAGCAUUGUCAUCGCUGUUCUUGUUCCUGAGUCCCACCGAUUUUUUCGCCGUGCUAAUAUCUGGAUUCUUCAUCGGUUCAGUGGAUUUGGGCUUCGACAUAUAGGCCAAUCACGGACUGAAGAGGAGAGGCAUGUUCAUUUUAACAUGUUAAGUUUUCUGGGCACAGCAGAUGGUCAGAAAGCCAAUUCAUUAAAAAAAAAUCGUGUAUGUUCUAGGACACGAGGUGAUGCGUUCGAACUGGAACGUUUAAAAUAAUUUCUGUAUCACUCAUAGCCCAAUUUGUAGACCUGUCUAUCCGUGGCGACUGUUUUUCCUCACUGUCACAAAAUGGUCGGCUCGCGGUAGCGUUCUGUAAUAUAAUAUUGAAUUUGAUGUUUGCGAAUGCGGUCAGUGUAUUUUUAUGGCUUCUGUUUUACGCAGUCUUGUUGUCGUUCACGAUAUAUUCGCAUUUCUUGCGAUGCUCUAAUAUAUAUUUUUCGAUGACGUAAAAAAUGGCCAGCAAGAAAGGAGCGAUGGAGUGACUGGAAGUUGUCCCUCAGUCUCAGCCAUUCCGAUGAAAUCAGUUAGGCUUUUUUAAGGCCGUGUUUCCGACAUCGAUUUUAUAGACCUAUAUAUAAACAGAAACCCGCUGGGAUGUCCGUCAUGCGGUUCGUGGCUGUAGCCUAGUCGACUAAUAAGUGAGAAGAGGAGGACAUCAACAGGUUUUCAUCGCUCUAAGGAUAUGGAUUUCGUGCAAGUGAUUCUGUGCUUUCUGGCGUGCUGGAGCGGCGCCGGGGCCGUUUUCAGUCUGAAAUACACAGUGGAAGAAGAAUUGCGUGCGGGAACGAAAAUCGCCAAUGUCACGGCGGACGCGAAAGUGGCUGGAUUCGCGCUCGGGAAUCGGCAACCUUUUUUGCGAGUAAUCUCCAAUUCCGAACCGCGAUGGGUAAACCUAAGCCCGGCAGGACUGCUCCUCACUAAGCAGAAAAUCGAUCGCGACGCUGUUUGCCGGCAGACGCCGAAGUGCAUCAUUUCUCUGGAGGUAAUGUCCAACUCGAUGGAGAUAUGCGUGAUUAAAAUCGAGAUACUGGACGUGAACGAUAACGCGCCCCGAUUCCCCACCAGCCAUAUCGACAUUGAGAUAUCGGAAAACGCCGCUCCAGGCACGCGGUUUCCCCUAGAGGGGGCAAGCGAUCCGGACUCAGGAAGCAAUGGUGUUCAGACUUACACGAUCACCCCCAACGAUAUUUUCGGCCUGGAGAUCAAGACCAGGGGAGAUGGAUCUAAAAUAGCCGAGCUCAUAGUAGAAAAGACUCUGGACAGGGAGACGCAGUCUCAUUAUACGUUUGAAAUCACGGCUGAGGACGGAGGAGAACCACCAAAGACUGGGAGUGUACAACUUAACAUCAAAGUAAUCGACUCCAAUGAUAAUAACCCUGUGUUUGAUGAGCCCGUUUAUACUGUUAAUGUGAUGGAGAAUUCUCCUAUAAAUACAUUAGUAAUAGACUUGAAUGCCACUGAUCCAGAUGAAGGAACAAACGGUGAAGUUGUAUACUCAUUUAUUAAUUUUGUGUCCAAUCUGACUAAACAAAUGUUCAAAAUUGAUCCCAAAACUGGUAUCAUAAGUGUUAAUGGAAUUUUAGACCAUGAAGAACUGCGUGUGCAUGAAAUAGAUGUUCAAGCCAAAGAUCUGGGUCCAAAUUCCAUUCCAGCUCACUGCAAAGUGAUUGUCAAUGUAAUAGACGUCAACGACAAUGCACCAGAAAUUAAGCUUUUGUCUGAAAACAGUGAGAUGGUAGAGGUCAGUGAGAAUGCACCUCUUGGAUAUGUCAUCGCACUGGUUAGAGUUUCAGACAAUGAUUCAGGUGCAAACGGGAAAGUGCAGUGCAGACUGCAGGGCAACGUGCCUUUCAGACUCAAUGAGUUUGAGAGCUUCUCCACCUUACUUGUUGAUGGCCGACUAGACAGGGAGCAGAGAGACAUGUACAAUCUUACCAUCUUGGCUGAGGAUAGUGGUUAUCCCCCACUGAGAAGUUCAAAAUCUUUUGCGGUUAAAGUAACAGAUGAAAAUGACAAUCCCCCUUAUUUCACAAAGCCACAUUAUCAAGCAAUGGUGUUGGAAAACAAUGUCCCAGGUGCGUUCCUACUCGCGGUGUCUGCCAGAGAUCCUGACCUGGGAAUGAAUGGCACAGUGUCUUAUGAAAUCAUCAAGUCAGAAGUUCGAGGAAUGUCAGUGGAGUCUUAUGUUACUGUAAACUCAAAUGGCGAAAUUUAUGGGGUCAGGGCUUUUAAUCAUGAAGACACACGGACAUUUGAAUUUAAAGUCUCUGCCAAAGAUGGAGGAGAUCCUUCAUUAACAAGUAAUGCCACAGUGCGCAUUGUUGUUCUGGAUGUAAAUGACAACACGCCUGUGAUGACGACCCCACCACUCGUUAAUGGCACUGCAGAGGUUUCCAUCCCCAAAAAUGCUGGAGUUGGUUAUUUGGUUACUCAAAUCAAGGCUGAUGACUAUGAUGAGGGAGAAAAUGGAAGACUGACAUAUUCCAUCUCGGAGGGAGACAUGGCAUACUUUGAAAUUGACCAGAUUAACGGUGAAGUGCGGACCACAAAAAUGUUUGGAGAAAACGCCAAGCCCUCCUAUCAGAUCACUGUUGUGGCCCAUGAUCAUGGCCAGACAUCUUUAUCUGCUUCUGCGUACAUCAUUGUCUACCUCUCUCCAGACCUUAAUACACAGGAACAGAUUGGACCAGUAAACCUGUCCCUCAUCUUCAUUAUCGCUCUGGGUUCCAUUGCUGCUAUUUUGUUUGUCACAAUGAUCUUUGUAGCCGUGAAGUGCAAAAGGGAUAACAAGGAAAUUCGCACAUACAACUGCAGUUUUUUUUACCUGCGCAGGGUGGCGGAGUACUCAUAUGGCAACCAGAAGAAGUCGAGCAAGAAAAAGAAAUUGAGCAAGAAUGAUAUCCGCCUGGUGCCACGUGACGUGGAGGAGACAGACAAGAUGAAUGUGGUGAGCUGCUCAUCCCUCACUUCCUCACUUAACUACUUUGACUACCACCAGCAGACACUGCCACUGGGCUGCAGACGCUCUGAGAGCACCUUCCUCAACGUGGAAAGCCAGAACUCAAGAAAUGCCGCACCGAUCCAUGGCUACCACCACACCUUCACUGGGCAGGGCCCACAACAGCCCGACCUCAUCAUCAACGGCAUGCCACUGCCAGAGACAGAGAAUUAUUCCAUUGACUCCAGCUAUGUAAACAGCAGAGCACACCUCAUCAAAAGUACAUCAACAUUUAAGGACAUGGAGGGUAACAGCCUAAAGGACAGUGGUCAUGAAGAAAGUGACCAGACGGACAGUGAGCAUGAUGUACAGAGGGGCCACUAUGCUGACACAGCUGUGAACGAUGUACUCAAUAUGACUGUGCCUCCCAACAGCUGCCAGCUAUCAGAUCCAGGAUCCUGGAGAGGUUCACUAGUGUUCGGCUGCCAGGUUCUGGCCUGCUCCACUCAGGGCACAUCUUGCCCUGGGAGUCUUUUAUUCAUCAGUCUCUCUGUCCUUAUUGGUAUGUAUCUCCUCCUCUGCCCUAGGACCACUUCACACCACCCUCCCACUACUCAACACCUCAGAGGCAACUACAGCUCCUAAUUGAUUUUAAUAGUUUGUGUCUCUGUCUCUCACAUUAUACUUAUGCUGCCUUUCCCUAAAUUCAGUCUCAGUGAAGAUUUAUCAUUUUCAGCCAGCUGAUCACCUAAUGAAAAUACUGGCAGGUAUUAUUUUCCAGAGUCACAAAUGAAGCUGAUGUAUCUCAUUGCAAACCCUCAGUUAACAGCUAAUUUUCCAGACAAUCGUAGAGUACUGCCACAUGGAGCGAGAAGGAGAGGAAGAGGGGGCGAGAAAAAUAAAGAGACAAGAGGUAGAACACAGAUCUAGUUCUUAUUGCUUAUUCAUGAUGCUGGCAUAUGGACGGUUAAAAAUCUCUUCAGAAAUCAAGCAAUAUCACAGCUGUAACGCAAUGCAAUUCCACAUGGAUUGAUGCUCGAGCUCAUUAUUUGUGCCUGGACAGAUAUUAGAAGAUAAUAUUGUGCUAGUCAGUAUUAACCAGGAGGAUGUAUGGCUCCUCCUCAGUUUAAAGCCAGAGAAUAAAAAAGUGUAUGUUUACUGCUAACUCAAAAGAAGGAACAUGACAUGUAAGAGAUGGAUGUAGGGAUGGAUAGAGAGUAAUCCAGUGGGGAGAAAAAGACUAAGGAGAAAGAAUAGUGUACGAAGGCAGGAAAUCUAGGCCUUCCACUGACAUCAUUAUUAAUGCAGCUAACCAGUGAUAUGUCUACACCUAAACCUAACUCUAACCCACACUGGACCCUUGGCCUCAUUUUAACAGUGGUUGGACUGGACAGAGGCUCUAUCAGUGGACAAGUACAAUAGGCAGUGGGAGAAGAUCCCUGCUGGCAGAUGGCCCAAAGCACCCACCCAAAUCUCACUUGAGUCUAUUAACUCUCAUCAGAGCUGCUCAGCUGAGUUAGCUAAAACUCAUCACCACAAAAAAGAAAGUGACACACAGCUGCAAAAGAGUACGCACAUCAAAAAAGGAGGCCAUGCAUGAGGAGUCAGUUCUACCAACACAGCUUACUAAGAUGUGCUCAUUAUGUACUUUGGCAUUAGAUGACUGUUUACCACAUUGUAUUUCUCCCCUUCACUUUUCAGUCUUUCUCUUUCAAGGCAAAUGAUUUUACACUUAUCCUGCACUGAUUAAAGGAAAAGCACACAGUUUUCUAUUUUGGAAUGCAUAGACAUUUAUCACUGCAGCUGGGAAGAAAAAGUGAAAAAGGGGGAGACAGGACCAUACUAUCACUGUGGCAGCAUAUGUGUGAUAUUCUUUUAACCCCUUCUGUAUAUAAAUAAAGUGUGUUGCUAUUACAUAGAAGCUUUCUGGACAGAAAAAAAAGUAUUUUUGUCAGCCCCAUCUGUUGUUAUUUUUCAUUGCAUGCAUUUUAGUACAUUUGCAAUUUCUGUUCUGCAUGAUGACCUCAGUUCUGAAGUUGACACUCCAUGUGUCCCUUAUCUUCGCUUUAAACUCCUCUGAAUCUGUGAAUCUGUGGUUCCUUAUAUAAGAUAAUUGCAACAGUAAAUUAAUGUUUGGGGUCCGCAGCACCUCCUUUCACAACCUAGUGGACUCAUACAUAUUCUGUGUGAUUUAAACUGUUAAGUCACCUUAAUAUCAUUGCAACAUAAAUCUAUCCUAAGAGAAAUGGUGUACAAGCUAGAAAGAUGCAAGAUCUAAGAGGCAAUGUAGAACCCUGUGAACCAAAUCUUCGCAAAUGGGGAGUGACAGAACCAUGCACAGACAUGCCACAGUAAAUGAUCUCAUGCAAUGAUCUGCAUGUCUGUUUCCUCUUCAGCAUCAAUCACAAUGUCCUGGAUGAGUGCAGCAUGUUAGAAUGUCAUUUUCCACCAAACUUCGUCGCUUCCAAAAAACUUUCAGUAAGAACAGAUUAUCUCUUGUUGAUGUAUAUAGCAUGAGCCUCCCUUCCCUUUGCCCAGGGGCCUCUGUGACUGCAGAUGAUAAAUCCAGCCUGUUUAUGAGUUAAACCCCAUCUUACUCACAAAACAUUUCAUGUGCAAAUGAUCUCCUCAGCAGUGUUCUCUCUGCUGAUUUUAUGCAACCUUAAUCCUAUGAAAGGAAAGAGGCAUACCACCUGAGGUAGCCACUGGAAUGGAUAUUUUUCCCCUCUGUAGUUCCUCUUUCAUUUUCUGUUUUCAAGCCUUCCACAAUAAAUGACUGAAAUCAGUCAUUCCUCUGGGUAGCUAUUUAACCGUCCUGCCUUUUGGCCAUUACCUUAAAGCUUCUAAAAGGAGGAUAAAAAGAUAAAAGUAAUAGGGUUGAUUGACUGCUAAAUUUAAUGGGAGAGAGGAGAGCCUUGUGAUACACACUGCUUUCAUGCACUAAUGCUCUAUCUAUUAAAGAAGAUACUGCCAUGGACUACAACAUCGGGUUGGGUCAAAGGGAGCCACACUCAUUUAUAGGAUAAACAAGUUCAAGUUCAAGAGGCUUUAUUGUCAUUUCAACCAUAUACAGCUGGUACAGUACACAGUGAAACCAAACAACAUUCCUCCAGGACCAUGGUGCAACAUAAACAACACAGAGCUACAUGAGACUACACAGAAGUAAAUAAGACUACAAAGACAUACACAGGACUACAUAAAGUGCAUGUGUGCAAACAUGUGCAACAGUGCGAGACCGUACAACAAUUAUUAAACAAGACAAUAUUCACAGUAAAGGACAGUGCAGUGCCAACCAGUACACAGUUCUUGUGUGGAAUAAGGUGCAAAGAGAUAUUACAAUAUAAUAAUAAAUAUUGUAAAUGUAAACAUCACAUACUAAUUAGCAUAAAAAAUGCAAGUGGUCAGUACAAUAUUUUGUUUACGGUAAUUAAAUAAGAAAUUAAGAAAUAAAUGUGCAAAAAUUGCAGAGGUAGUGGAAUGGUGUUCAGUUAAGUAUGGUUUUGUGUGUGUGUGUGUGUGUAUAUAUGUCAGUCCAGUCCCUGGGUAUUGAGGAGUCUGAUGGCUUGGGGGAGGAAACUGUUACACAGUCUGGCCAUGAGGGCCCGAAUGCUUUUGGCAGACGGCAGGAGGGUGAAGAGUUUGUGUGAGGGGUGCGUGGGGUCAUCCACAAUGCUGGCGGCUUUGCAGAUGCAGCUUGUGGUGUAAAUGACUGUGAU